AUGGCGGACGAUUUGGUCGAAAAUUAUAUGAAAGUUCAGUCGGAAAGUGAGCAAAUUCAAACGAUUAAUAGCAUUAAUAAAGGCAAGUACUUGUUGUAAAUACCUUUCCUUUAUCUGGUACUUGAAAUAAAUGACGAAUAAGUGUAAAGCUGUUUCCGUAAUUAUUGUUUUUCUUGUUUAUAUAGCGAUACUUUCUAAGGAUCUUAGUCUCGUUGUACUGGUCGAAAGGUUGGGGUAAGCAAGCAGUUGUAAAUUUAUUUUUUUUCUAGCAGCAGUUUUGUCUUUUGGUGAAUAAAUUCUAGCUGAAUAUUCACCAUUAGUGGUAUUUUUAAUACUUUUAAUAUGCAAAUGAAUGACAACUGUAAGACUGUAACCGUUAAAUGCGUUAAUUGCUACUUUUAUACGAAGUGGUUAUUUGUUUCAAAAUCACGAAAAACCAGGAGCUUUGACUAUUUGUCUGUGAAUUAAUUUGAGCGGUUCCGUUAAAUCAUCAGGUUGUUUCAGAAAAUAAAAUCUGAACCUUGCCCAACGGCCCCAACCCAACUUUUCCCAACCCAACCUAACCAAAGCCCUUCCCUAAAAGAGUUGAGUCAGGAUUAGUUCUCAUCUGAUCAGACAGUUACUCACAAUGGGGAUGCACCUUCACGUUUGUUAUUAUAAAUAUGAAAUUUCAUUUUUUAUGGCAUCUAGCUUUUGGCUGCAGAUUGCAAAAAAUGGCUAGGAAUCCUUAAUUUAGAAAUAUAUUUGCCAAAAUGACAAGGAAAUGAGGCCAUAGGGGGAAAAGUGCAAUAGAGAGUUAGGUUUAUUGGUUACAUUGAUCAUCCUGUCAUUUUAGACCAUAUCUGACAAAUCCUGAUGCCAGUGAGCGAUGUAAAGGAACUCAAUUAUUGGCAUUGUUGUUACAUAGAUUGCUGUCUUUUAAACUCGUAGACAAAGAAGGUAUAAACGUCAAAAGUCUUGGACAGUGUUUGAGCGAUCUUUUUCACCUGUUUGCUAUGAACUCACAAACUUCAAAUGUUUUAUAGUCACAAUCUUGGUGGAGUUUUUCUGUGAUCGGCUGAAAGAUCAUUUUUCAAUUAUACCACAUGUUGUCUCUGGGUUACUGGCAUUGGUAGGUUACUACAUGCUUAGAAUUAGUUGCUAGCAGGUUACUAGAAUUGAUAGGUUACUGCAUGGUUAGAAUUAGUUGCUAGCAGGUUACUGGCAUUGGUAGGUUACUACAUGGUUAGAAUUAGUUGCUAGCAGGUUACUGGCAUUGGUAGCUAGUUACUGCAUGGUUAGAAUUAGUUGCUAGCAGGUUACUGGCAUUGGUAGCUAGUUACUGCAUGGUUAGUUAGAAUUAGUUGCUAGCAGGUUACUGGCAUUGGUAGGUUAUGUUACUACAUGGUUAGAAUUAGUUGCUAGCAGGUUACUAGAAUUGAUAGGUCACUGCUUGGUUAGAAUUAGUUGCUAGCAGGUUACUGGCAUUGGUAGACCUGUUACUACAUGGUUAGAAUUAGUUGCUAGCAGGUUACUAGAAUUGGUAGGUUCCAGCAUGGUUAGAAUUAGUUACUAGCAGGUUACUGGCAUUGGUAGGUUACUGCUAGAAUUACAUAGUUGCUAGCAACUUACUGGCACUGGUAGGUUACUGCAUGGUUAAAAUUAGUUACUAGGAGGUUACUGGCAUUGGUAGGUUACUGUAUGGUCAGAAUUAGUUACUAGGAGGUUACUGGCCCUGGUAGUCAGAAUUAGUUACUAGCUGGUUACUGGCAUUGGUAGGUUACUGCUAGAAUUACAUAGUUGCUAACAACUUACUGGUGUUGGUAGGUUACUGCAUGGUUAGAAUUAUUUACUAGCAGGUUACUGGCAUUGGUAGGUUACUGCAUGGUUAGAAUUACGUAGUUGCUAGCAACGUACUGGCACUGGUAGGUUACUGCAUAGUUAGAAUUAGUUACUUACUAGCUGCUAGGUUACUGGCAUUGGUAGGUUAUUGCCAGGUGCCCUGGUUCUACAUGGUUAGAAUUUAGUUUCUAGCAUGUUACUGGCAUUGGUAGGUUACUGUACUGUAUGGUUAGGAAUGUGUUUUCUACCAAACACAACAGCAUACGGUAUAUUCAGGAAACAAUGAUAUUUUAAUGCCAGGUUAGUUAUCAAGAAAUUCCUGAAGGGUUGGCAAUCAAAAUAGUGCAAGCAAUAUUCAAAGAAAUUCAUGUCCAGGUACAUUCAUUUGGUAUAUUAUGAAAAUAACGCUGUACUUUGCUACUUCUGUCUUAACAGUAAACACUUUCACUCUGACUCUGACUGACUAAUAAAUUUAUUGUACAAUUUUCAGUCAUUGUUGCAAGGAGAUCGACACAACCUUUACACAUUGUUCUCUGUUUUGUUGAACAAGAAAAUGUCUGGUAAGAUUAAGAACUACAGAUAAUCUUUGCCAAACUAGUAUGCUGAUCAUUCGCCAAACAUAUAUGAAAAACUAUACUAUUUGAAAAAUGUUUAUCCCUAUAUAUUAUUUUUCUUCUCCAGAAUUGACACGCGGGGACAUGCCAAGUUUUCAUCCUUUUUUCAUUAGUGUUAAGGCAUCCCUUUUUUGCAGGAAGAUAAAGUGAUUAUUUUUCUAGUUUCUAUGAAAUGUACUGUACAGUCAGUGAUUUCAAGAAUAACUGUUGACGCACAAUUAGAAAUGUCAGCAGGGGUGGAAAAAAUAGGCAAGCAUGCGAGCACGGCUCGCAGGAAAUGUUAAACAGCUGCGGAAGUUCAUUUGAAUGAAGAUUUGCACCCAUGCAUGUUCCACUAUGGGCGCAACAACAUAUGAAUAUAUGAUUGUUGAAUUUAAAACCAUGGUCAGCUAGAACACUAUAUGCAGAUUUAGCACAAACAUACUCCGUUGGUCUGCAGGAAAUUUUUCUCCCCAGCUUGUGCUCCCAGGAAGAAAAUUCUUUUUCCCUGCUCUGUAGAUCAGUAACAUAAUGUUUUAAUACACCAAAUUAUAAGGAUUAUUUGUUGUGUUUUUCUCUUCCCCUGAUUGUUUUUCUUCCUAACUUUCUAAGAGCUGCAAAAACUUGGUGGAGAUUUUGUUUUUGGUUUUAUCCAAGGCAUGGAUGGAGAAAAGGUCUGAGUUUGUGAAGUUAUGGUUUUACUUAAUAUUAAGUAUUUUGGUGUAUGAUCGACACUGGCAGUUUAAAACACGAAAUAGACGCAGUGACGACAUUUUGGGAGUUAAUGUUUGAGUAACACAUAAUUUUGUUGCUAUGCUAUAUAACAUAUAAUAUAUCAAUAAAGAAAUAAUGAAAAUGAAGAUCACUACAACAGCUCGACUAUACGCGCAAAAGACUAUAAAAAUGUGAAUAAAAACAGAAUGUCGUUCAAGUACCGUUCAUUCGUUAGAUACAGAGAAAGUUUACGCGUUAACCCGUUUAUAGUAGUUAGCUUACUAUACAUAGGCAGUAUUUCGGUAGUUGCCUGCUGAGUGUAGCUUUCUGCCUUACAGUAAUAGCACAGCCACAGAAUGCCAUGCAGAAGGCCAUCUGCAUUGUUUUUUGCGUAAGCUCUAUUCGUCAUGAUUCGUCACUCAGCAUGUACCCUAAACAGAAGUAGUCACCCCUGGAAAUAUCCAAAAUGGCGCUGUGCAAAACACCAGAACACUCACACUUCAGUAAGUUUUGUAUCGAUUGACGCAUAAUUGAUAUUUUCGUUCGACUCUUUACGUUGCUUUCUCCACUGGCUUUCUCCCACACGGCGACAAAGUACCCAGGCGUAAAUAAUUAAAAAUAGGCACACUACUGUGUUCGUAUAUAGAUCAGUGGCUGAGCUGAGCGAGCGCGCGGGGCGCCGCGUCCUCCCCAAGCACCCCCGCGCGCUUGCUCAGCUUAGCCACUGAUCUAUAUAAAAACACUGUAGUGUGCCUAUUUUCAGUUAUUUGCGCCUGGGUACGAGGCUGACGAACAGCGCUUACGCAAUAAACAAUGGAGAUCGCCUUCUGUGUAGUAUUCUGUGGUAAUAGAGAGGUUCAGAUUUGACUUCCACUACCGCUACCAUUCAUGGACUAUUAACCAAUCACAUGCGUUUGCUAUAUCCGAUUAACCAAUCAGAUGCGUACAAAGUCAGCGAGAGGUAUUGGUAGCGGUAGUGGAAGUCAAAUCUGAGCCUCGCUAUUAUCAAAAAUAAAUAUUUAAACUCCACUCCUUGGUAACAUGCAGCCUUUCAAUUUUAGGAUCCAAGGAAUUUGUUGGUUUGCUUUAAUCUUGUUCAAAUCAUAGUAAAGAAUUUUCCCAUCAGUAAGAGUUGUUUUCAUUUAUUUGUAUUUAUUGUAUUUUACCCAAAAGGGUAGGGCAUACCCACAGUGCCGAGGCUCCAAUAACGGGUUCCCCAUAAACUAUACACAUACAAAAAAAAUAUUACAAACAAAGAGCUAAAUAAUACAUAACAUCCAAAAAAUAUCGACGAAUAACAAGUAAGAACAAGUCAACGAAUAACUAUGACUAUCUGUGCGAACACUGCCACACAAAAUGUUAACUGCACAAAAUAUUACUGCACAAGAGUUAUUGCAGGCGUGUUUGGUGAGAAAUUCCCUUUUCUGUAAAACAGCAAAACACGACAUUAAUUUAUUGUGCAAAGCUUUCGAUCGGUACAAUUUAUGUACGUUGUGGUCUAAAUUUUGCAAAUAAUGCAAAGUCAUCAAGGGCCGUUCUAGUACUGCCCAACAUCCCAACAUUGUCCGUCCAACAAAGUUUGAACAACAGUGAAAACCUGGUCUAACAUCUUCCAACAUAAGCCAUGCAACAUUAUCAAAAAUAAUGUUGCAACCGGCCUAACAAAGUUGCAUCCAACAAUAUAUAAUCAUGAUAUUGAACUAACAUGUUGGACUGCUUGGAAGGGCAACCAAUGUUGAACAGUGCUGGACUGAUGCUUUACAUUGUCUCUGUUGUGUUAACUUACUCCAAACCUUUUUUAAUCUUCAAAUGUUUUACAUGCAUUUUAUUCUUAGCUCUCUUUGCUGAAGAUCUGUUUGAAGUGACGUCAUGUUAUUUUCCCAUCGACUUCACUCCUGUAAGUCUUUGGCAAUUUUGGUAGAUUUUGACAUCUUAACUUUGUUUACACUCAUAGUAUGCAGGGGCUUAGCCAAGUGGACAGGCCAAAAUAUUUAAACAAACUAUAAAAACUCCUGUUAUCCGCUAACGGAUAUAAUGACAAAUUGCAGAUUUGCAGUACUGCUGCAACUUGCCAAAAUGCCAGUCCCCUUUCUCUGCUUGUAUAAGUUGCAAAUAUGUUGCGAUUCAUAAUUUGAUCUUCAACAGUUUAACUUGGAAAAGACACUCAACAAGACACUCAUUUAGUGAACGGGUAAACUACGAAACCCUGGCUAGUGGCUAAGUCCCUGAUCGUAUGUGUGAACUGCGACGCACUGGAGUGCGACUACCUUUUGUAGAACUACACUACCGGAUGACUUCAGUUGUUAAAUUACCGUCCCGAAAUGACGUCACAAGGAUUAGGAUUCAGGAUCAGGAGUUUCUUUGUCUUUUGCAGCUCAUGAUAAUUAUGUUUGAGAAAUUCACACACAAUGUUGACGUAAAAACAUACAAAUACAAACUGAACGAUUGCGUAUUUAUUUGAUGUAGCCAUCCAAUGAUCCGAAUGCAAUAACAAGAGAACAGCUCAUCAUAGCUCUCCGUAAAUGCCUGGCUGCUACCUCUAUUUUUGCCCCAGUAAGUAUAUUUUAUUGAUUUGAAAAUGAGGCAUACCGUCCGCAAUUAAACCAUGAUGAAACACAGACUAGUGCUGAUGAAAAUUUCUUAUUUGAUUGUCGAUUUUGAGCUAGCGUACGUUUUGACAAAAGUUAAUGAGAGUUUUACUCGUUUGACACAAAUGCUAUAGAUAUGAGAAUAGUUAUAAGCCAUAUAGUGUUCCAGGUACAAUCAAGUCGAUCAAAAAGACUCGGAAUCUAUACGAGAAAAGAAACUACGAAAAACCCAACUUUAUCGACAUGUCAAGUUUUGUGUGCCAGAAUAGAUUCUAGUUAUUCUCCCUUUUACCUGCUUUUAAUGUGGUUGUUAUACUGUAUACUCGCAUGCAGAAAAGUUUAGAAUCUUUCGAAAGCAUAUAUAUUCAAUAAAUGAUAAAAUUCACAGUAAAUUUCACAGGGGCAGGUUGGAUAGCGACUUGUUGUUGAAUGAUGUUUUGUUGUUUGCUUUUGUUGAAUGAUGUUUUUUGUUUUGUUUAGUUUUGUCUUCCUCUUUUGAUUGAAAAAUUAUCCUCAGACGUUGUUUAUGCCAAAAAGGAUGCUUUGUUAACUCUCGUAAGUCAUGCCACAUCCAAUAACCAUUAUAACCCAGAACAACACAAGCAUAAGGACAUCAAAACAUUCCGCUUGCUUGUCCUUGUGCUUAUGCUUGCGUUGUACCCAGUGUGGAUUAUAAUGGUCGGCAGUCGGCUAUUUGCCAAACAAAAACACCGAAUGGCCGAGCAAUUUCAUUCUACACGGACAUUUUGACCGAUCAAAUAAAAUAGACAAUGUUCAUUUUAAUUGAAAGUAGCUUAUGUAAAAAGUACGGUUUGAAAAGCAUACUAUACCUAGUAGUGUACCAUGCAAUCAAUAAAUAUUUGGAUGAAAAAAGCAUUCAGAGGAAACAUCGUCAUUGAGCUUCUCUUUUAGCAAAUACUCUCUCAAGUGACAGAAUCUCGAUAGUAAGUCUAUAGCGUUUCCAAUACUCACUACUUACAAAAAGAUGUUUUAUUUUUUCGUAAAAAUGGUUGAAAUAGUUGGCCGACCAUUCUUUUUCAAUGUCCGAGCAACAAUCUUGUUGAUCGGACAUUUGUCAGACCUAAGCAAAAACGUUAUAAUCCACACUGGUUGUACCAGGCUUUAACUAUAUAGAUUUAGAUAGGUUUCAGUAAACACUAUCGUGCAGCAGAUGGUGUUCAAUUCUUUUCAAUAUACAUAUACUAUAGUAGUCUUGUACAAUACAAUUAUAAUAACUCCGAAAACGGUGGAUUUUAGUCGUCAUUAGGAUUCCUGAUAAUGACUAAAAUCUGGUCGAAACGUCCAAUAAAUACUUUUCAAAAUGUUUACCGUUUUCGGAGUUACUAUUGUAUUGUAUUUAAUUAAAAUACUCAGUUGUUCCGACAAACAGUAAUCUUGUAUUUGGUUGAUAUUCGAAUUGAAAGAUCUAGUUUAAAUGUCUUGCUUCCUUUAGUGUCAACAUGAAUUUCACUGCCAUCGACAGCACAGUAAUUCAAACCGACGUGGAAUGUAGUUCCUUACAGUACUUACAUUAUUUGAAGUUUUUCUGUUCAGGCUGCCU